UUACUCCGGGCUGCGGAAAAGUGGUAAUUUGAUUCAUUGUUGCAUAUAUUCACACCGACUUAUCGUAAGGAUUUUCCCCAAAGUUCGCCAUUAUUCCCCUUUUUUGUUUGCCUGUUGUUGUUAGAGCUGCGAGCUGAACAUAUCAUAUAACCCGGAAAAAGGAAUUUUUCCCAUGUAAUUCGUCGAGCUGUAUUAAAAUAAUUAGGUUAGAUAAUGGUUUAACUAAACAAAAUACUUUUGUUUGUUCUGUCUAAGGACUUUCUGAUUUCGUCUGAUUCGGGAAUAUCAGGUAGUGGACACUUGUUUGUAUCAGCCGUAUUUUUUAAUACCAACCUGCAUCAGUGAAUAGUGCUAGCAGUUGAUGCGUCACUUUAUUAGCCACAAAUGAGUUUCCAGACACAUUCCAGUUACUUCGGUGUUAAUGUUAGUCCCCAAAGAAUAGCUGCUUAACAAAGCAGUUUCUAAACUUAUCUAAUACAUGCUCAGUGAUUCAGACUCGUGGUUAAUUAAUUACUUCAUAAUCACUUAAAAGUCAAGCUUAGCCGGCGUCUUGACAGGUGCGUACUUUUCUCAAAGAAACCUCUCGAUAUUUGCGCCUAUAUACAUAAAGUCAGGCAUUGUUUUAAUUAGUAGUCUAGCAAUGAAGGAGGAGAAUAAAAUAGAUUUUCAGGGGGUUAAUAUACUUAACUCAUUUCUCAGACUCUAUUUGGUUUGAUAUUCGUUUAUACUGAAUGUUUUUAAGAUGAACGUUUUGGUGAAUUUUCCGCUUUUUAAUUGUGGUAAGACUUACUUAUUUUUUCCAGAUCAUUUCCGAAUUGAAAUAUGAGCAAAGAUCAUAAGCCACGCGUUCGCAAACGAGCAACACAUAUUGUAACUGAUUCGAGGCCACGGCAUAAUUACGGAAGUGAGAAACCACUGUUUGUCUAUUCAUGUAUCUGUGGUCAAAUGUCACUGAUAAUUGACUGUCUAGUUGAGAAACUACCAAGGCGUCCUAGAGAUGACGCUAGAGUUAUUGAUGGAUCCAAACGUGCUCAUAAAACAACAGCUACGGCUGUUAAUCCACUCACUCCAAUUUAUAUACGUUGGCCAAAUGGAAUAGAGAAGCAGUUCCGCAGGUAUUGCAAAAGCUGUGGAUUACCAAUCUUUUAUCGUCACAGUGCAGAAAAUUCAACGACUGAAUUUAUUAUAAAGAAUGCAUUAAAACUUCAAGAUGACCAAGCUGCAUUAUCUGCAUCUAUGUUAUGUCCGAAACGACCAACUGCUGCGAAGCAUAUUGAUGAGAGCUCUGCUAAUGCCAGAUUACUCGAAGCAUUAGCUGCUGAGGCGGCUGCCCUACAGCAAAGCGAAGCCUCGAAUAACGCCCCAUUGCGUCGAAGUGUUCAACAACAAGAAACUACUCAAGGCAUUGAUACCGCUGUCACUGUUUCUACUAUUGAAGAUGAAGAAGAGGAAGCCGAAGCAAAAGAAAUAGCAGAUUCGUAUGCAGCCAAUGCUCGUGUCAUUGAACAAGAAAUGAUUCGACGUGGCAUCAUAAAACGCCGUUUGGUUGAUGAGGCCAAUGAAGAGGCUCAACAAAGGCGAAUUCGAGGACGUUAA